AUGAGGCUUCUCCACCUUCGCCGCCUCCAUACCUCCUUCCUCCGCCGUAGCUACGCCACUAAGUACAGCGGCAGAGUGGUGGUGGAAACGGACAAUGGACGCUCCUUCGCCGUCGAGGUUAAAACUCCCAUCCUCCAUUCCGACGUCCGCGGCUACCCGCUUCCCCGCCGCGAUCUCAUCUGCAAGGCCACUCAAAUCCUCCAAUCCAAAUCCUCAACGUCCUCCGUCGAACCCUUCCUUGACCUCUCCGAAUACCUCCAAACACUAAACCCAACCCUAACCACCUCUGAAGCCUCUGAAAUUCUCAAGUCCCUCAAGUCCACAAACCUAGCCCUAAAUUUUUUCCAGUUUUGCCCUUCACAAAUCCCGAAUUUCCGUCACGACGCUUUCACUUAUAAUCGGAUUUUACUAAUCCUCUUCAAAUCCUCCCUUCCAGAUCGAAUUGAUCGUGUGAAAGAGAUCAUUAAUCAAAUGGAGAAAUUGCGGAAUCGUGGCAAUAUAUCCACCGUUAAUAUUCUAAUUGGGACUUUCGACGGUGUAGAUGAAUUGGAGAAAUGUUUGGAGUUGGUGAAGAAAUGGGAUCUGAAAAUGAACUCUUACACUUAUAAGUGUCUUCUGCAGGCGUAUUUGAGAGCAAAAAGUUCGAGUAAAGCGAUGAAUGUUUAUAAAGAAAUGCGGAAGCGAGGAUAUAACUUGGAUAUCUUUGCAUACAAUAUGCUUCUUGAUGCUCUUGCGAAAGACGAAAAGGUUGAUCAGGCUAACAACAUGUUUGAAGACAUGAAAAGGAAGCAUUGUGAACCUGAUGAAUAUACAUAUACAAUUCUGAUUAGAAUGUUGGGAAGGUCGGGGAAGGCUAAUGAGGCAGUUGCUUUAUUUGAGGAAAUGCUAUCAAAGGGUUGUAAACCAAAACAAAUGGCUUAUAAUACUAUGCUUGAGGCACUUGCAAAGAGUCGAAUGGUGGACAGGGCUUUGUUACUCUUCUCCAAAAUGGUGGAAAAUAAUUGCCGACCGAAUGAAUUCUCUUACAGUCUCAUUCUCAAUGUUUUGGCUGCAGAGGGACAGCUUGGUAGACUGGAUGAGGUUGUGGAAAUAUCAAAUAAGUACAUGAAUAAGUCGAUUUAUGCCUACCUUGUUAGAACACUUAGCAAAUUCGGCCAUGCAAGUGAAGCUCACAGGUUGUUUUGUAAUAUGUGGAGUUUCCAUGAUAAGGGAGAUAGGGAUGCUUACCUUUCCAUGUUGGAGAGCUUAUGCAAUGCCGGGAAAAUAUCAGAGGCAAUAGACUUGUUGAAUAAGAUGCAUGAAAAGGAAAUAACUACUGAUACUUUUAUGUAUAAUGCAGUCUUCUCUGCUCUUGGAAAAACGAAACAGAUUUCUCACCUUCAUGAUCUCUAUGAAAAGAUGAAACAAAUUGGCCCUUCACCAGAUAUAUUCACUUACAAUAUUCUGAUUUCUAGCUUUGGCAGAGCUGGAAGAGUUGAUGAUGCUGUUAGGAUUUUCGAAGAACUUGAGACCAGCCAUUGUACGCCAGAUAUUGUCUCUUACAAUUCGUUGAUUAACUGUCUAGGGAAGAAUGGUGAUCUUGAUGAGGCGCAUGUGAAAUUCAAAGAAAUGCAAGAAAGAGGAUUAAAUCCUGAUGUUGUCACUUAUAGUACUCUCAUAGAGUGCUUUGGUAAGACUGAGAAAGUUGAGAUGGCUUAUCGUUUGUUUGAUGAGAUGCUUGCCGAAGGUUGCUCUCCAAAUAUAGUUACCUAUAAUAUCUUACUAGACUGUCUUGAGAAGAGUGGGAGAACUGCAGAAGCAGUAGAUCUUUAUACAAAACUAAAACAACAAGGCUUGACACCAGAUUCUAUAACCUAUGCCAUUCUUGAACGGUUACAAAGUGGUUCCCAUCAGAAAGUUCGAAUUCGGAGGCAGCAUCCAAUAACUGGUUGGGUUGUCAGCCCAUUAGGUUGA